AAAUUUAUUUUAGUAUUAAAAAAGUAUCGUUAAUAGAAGGUUCUUAAAAAAUUAUUACUGCUUCAUUAGUUCCAACAAAACAACCAAGUUCAUCAGAUAACAAGUUAAAAAUAAGCGGAAUAUUUUUAUAAUAAAUGUAUCACAUUUAUAAAUUUUAUUUUAUAAUAAACUAAUAAAAUAAAAGUGAUAAAAAAAUCCGAAUAAAAGUGAAAACGUUGACAAGCAAAUACCGUCAUCUUUAAAAAUGUUUUUUGUAUUAUUUUUUUUCUUAAUUUUUACGGAAAAGAUCACUUGUCGACAAACAUUCGACAGAGAAAAUCAAACAACGAUUGAUCCCUUUAAAUCAAACAUAAAACGAGAAUUACAAGAAAAUUUUUUCAAACUGGAAUCACUGUACAAUACAUCAAAAAUUAUUUUACGUACAAAUCACAAUGACUAUUUGAGUAACACAAAGCUCUUUUGGAAAUCUUACAAAAUAAAAUAUUUAAAUAAUGAUUCACUUGAUAAAAAUUUAUCUGAUGUAAAUGGUUUGGAUGCUCAUGUUUUGUGUAGCAUAGCAACAAAAUACGAAAGCACAAUUGCAUUUAGAUUGUUCAAACAAAAUAUCAGUGAAUGUUUGACGAAAGAAAUGAACACUCUUAAUGAAAAUUACAUCAAGGGUCGUACGCUGAUAAACUACUUGUUGAAGCUGGUGAAAUCAUCAAGCGAUGAUUUACCAAAUGUUUUCAUUCAAAAUGUCAUUUCAAAUUUUAAAAAUGACACAACAAUGAUCAAUGAAAACUGGAAUUCACUGAUUUUAAUUUCGCGAAUUAAUCUUCAGAUUUGUGCUGAUACAUCAAAUUCAAAUUUUAAUCAAACUCUGAAAGAUAAAAGAGACAGUAUGGAUGCAUGUUUUAUUAGUCCAGAUUUAAAUAUAUUUUCUCAACGUUUUGUUUAA